GAGCGGAGCGCGGCGGGAGCGAGGGGAGAGCGCGCGGUGGCUCGGUUCGUGCGCCCCGCGCCCCCCGCGUGGCCCCGCGUCCCGAGCGCGGUCCGGCCUCCCAAGCGCGCCGUCCCGGGGUGCGCUGAGCCCGGCGAGCCUCGGGAAGCCGGAGAAAGGGAGGACAGGGGGGGAAACCCCAUGGCCCGGCCCGUGUCCCGCACCCCGUGCGGUGGCCUCCUCCGGCACGGGGUUCCCGGGUCGCCUCGGGUCCCCGCGAUCCGGAUGGCGCACGCGGUGGCUGGGGCCGGGCCGGGCUCGGGUGGCCGGAGGAGUCACCACUGACCGGGUCAUCUGGAGCCCGCGGCAGGCCGAGGCCCAGGAUGAGGCGCUGGAAGGCGGCGGCCCUCGUGUCGCUCGUCUGCAGCUCCCUGCUGUCUGUGUGGAUGUGCCAGGAGGGCCUGCUGCUCGGCCACCGCCUGGGAACCGCGCUCGCCCCGCUCCGACGGCCGCCGCGCACCCUGGACGCGCGCAUCGCCCGCCUGGCCCAGUACCGAGCUCUGCUGCAGGGCGCCCCGGACGCGGUGGAGCUUCGCGAACUCUCUCCCUGGGCCGCGCGAGCCCCGGGGCCUCGCCGUCGGGCGGGCUCCCGGCGUCGGCGCGCGCGCGCGCGCUCAGGCGCGCGGCCGUGCGGGCUGCGCGAGCUCGAGGUGCGCGUGAGCGAGCUGGGCCUGGGCUACACGUCGGACGAGACGGUGCUGUUCCGCUACUGCGCAGGCGCGUGCGAGGCGGCCGCGCGCAUCUACGACCUGGGCCUCCGGCGCCUGCGCCAGCGGAAGCGCGUGCGCCGGGAGCGGGUGCGCGCGCACCCGUGCUGCCGCCCGACGGCCUACGAGGACGAGGUCUCCUUCCUGGACGUGCAGAGCCGCUACCACACGCUGCAACAGCUGUCGGCGCGGGAGUGCCGACCCAGCUCUCCUGCAGAGUACCCAGGCCGAGGCAGACCUUCGAGAACAUUCUCCUUGGGAUGGCCAAACCUGGAAUUUGCUCUAUCAAAUGUCGACACGUGAAGGUCUUGUGGGCUCCACUGGUGGCGCCUGUGCAGGGAACGAGUACACGCACGCGCAGUCCUGCAGCUACCCGCAGGCCAUCAGGAUGGGUUUCCUUCCUGGGUGUGCCAGACAGUGCCACCGUCACGCCCAUCUGUGCGUGCAUGCCUGUGUGCGUGCAUGCACGUGGGCCGUGCCCUGGAGGCCUCAGGACUUUCUCAAACACUGAACUCACGCGGAAUGUCGGGGUCCCCAGCUCUGUCACUGGGGACAGUGGUGGAAGUGGGGGUUCCUAGUGUCCUAAGAGAAAGGGGGAAGGAAAUGGAAGAACAGAGGGCUGGGGAGAGGGCUCGGUGGGUGACAUGCUUGCUUUGCGAGCCUGAGGAGCUGACUUGGAUCUUCAGAGCCCACGUGAAGAGAUGCAGGCAACACAGGUGGCAGCACAGGAUGGUAGCCACAGGGCAGGAGGCAUUAGGAAGAUAGGGAUGACAGGAUCUCCGGAGCCGGGGAUCUCCGACUAGCCAGCAUCCCGGAAGAAGAGAGCACCAGGUGCAGCCAGAGAGCAACUGAGGAAGCCAGCGCCACCAGCCUCGGCCCCAGCAGGGACCGGCACAGAUAGGACACAGGCACGCGCAUGCGCAGUGCCCCCUCCCCAUCUCUUCACUGCGUCUCUCAGUGAGACCGCUUGCGCAGAGGAGAGAGAAAAGGCUGAGACGAAGUGCCUUGGUCCAGGCCUGUCACCCAAGCCACCGAGAGGCACAACGAUGGGGGUACUCGGCCCCAUCUCGACUUGAAGGCCCACCUGAGACUGUCUCAAAAGCCCAACAAAGAAAAUAUGCCGAGGCCUCAGCUGUGGGUGACAAACGAAAGUGCAGUGGGCUUCCCGGGGCCCUGUCUAUCUCCUUCCUCCAGCUAAAAAUACCCGUUUCUCACUGCCCACCUCCCCGCGGGGACAGGUCUGGGGCGCGUGCCAGCCCCAAGCCGGCGCCUGCCCAGCAAGGCUGGGUCCCCGAGGACCUGGGCCCUGUAUCCUUAAAACCUUGGCUGGGCGUGGAAGGGCAGGGUUGCGGGUGUCUCUCCUUGGUGUCACCUCGAUGCAUGGCAGGUUGGAGGGUGCCAGGCGGUGUCGGCGUCCCAGAGAUCGGGGUGAAGGGGGCUGCGGGUCCCACGGGGGAAUGGGUGGGGAAGGGUGAGCCCACUUUGGUCCCAGCUUGCUAUGACCUGUCACCUCCAGACACUCAAGCUGGGAUUUUAGUGGGUGUCUGUCCCUGUCCAGCUCUCCCAGUGAUCUGUGAGCUGAGGACAGACACAGCUCUUCACCAGAAUCAACUCCGGAAGGUUUCUCAGGUGCUCGGCAGAGAUUGGAGGUGCUGGCCCCAGCCCGUGGGUGUUCUCUGUGGAGGUGGGGGUCAGGGCCAGAGUCUGUCCAGCUUCUUCAGAGGCGAAGAUAGAUUUCCCGCUUGGUUUCAGCAGAAUCAGCCAAUGCUGACUGAGAGGCCAGAAUCCCCACAUGCUUUGGAAACCCCUUAGUGAUUAUUUCUGGCCUCAGUUUCCCCAGGGUGGUCAGACCACGGAGCCUGUGCUCCCUGAGGGUCCCGUGCGUGGGGAAGCAGGCUCCCACGCAGGCCUGCAGGGAGGCUGGCCUCCUGUCUCCCACCCACUCCAGCAUGCCAGCCGGGAAGCAGGGUGGAACCCACCGGGAGAUGGAAAGGUAAACAGUAUCUCCACAGCCUCGGCUCUGCCCCCCGGGCUAGGGAGCCGCACAGGGCCACCCACACAGCUGAGCAUCCCCAUCACAAACACUCCCAGUUUGUGUCCGAGUGUCGCCAGGAAAACACAAGGUCACCUUGGGUGAAUGCGUAGUAAG